AUGUUGCAUUCCCACUUGCACUGUCGCUGUCUCUCCCUCUCUCUGUGUCUCUCCCUCUCUCUGUGUGUCUGUCGCCGUCUCUCCCUCUCUCUGUGUCUCUCCCUCUCUCUGUGUGUCUGUCGCCGUCUCUCCCUCUCUCUGUGUCUCUCCCUCUCUCUGUGUGUCUGUCGCCGUCUCUCCCUCUCUCUGUGUCUCUCCCUCUCUCUGUGUGUCUGUCGCCGUCUCUCCCUCUCUCUGUGUGUCUGUCGCCGUCUCUCCCUCUCUCUGUGUCUCUCCCUCUCUCUGUGUGUCUGUCGCCGUCUCUCCCUCUCUCUGUGUGUCUGUCGCCGUCUCUCCCUCUCUCUGUGUGUCUGUCGCCGUCUCUCCCUCUCUCUGUCUCUCCCUCUCUCUGUGUGUCUGUCUGUCUCUCCUCUCUCUCUGUGUCUCUCCCUCUCUCUGUGUGUGUCUCUCCCUCUCUCUGUGUGUCUGUGUCGUCUCUCCCUCUCUCUGUGUGUCUGUCGCCGUCUCUCCCUCUCUCUGUGUGUCUGUCGCCGUCUCUCCCUCUCUCUGUGUGUCUGUCGUCUCUCCCUCUCUCUGUAUUACAUCAGUAAACUGUGUGGAGAACCGAAAGAAAAAGCAGUAACUCAAUUGCUCUCUCAUCUACCCCUCCUCCGCACAGGCAAUGCCGAUGCAAAGACUGCUUAUCUGAAGAUUAUCCCUCAGGUCCUCUCUUAUUCCAUCGACAAUGGAGUUCACAUUGAGGAAAGCCGUCAGCUUCUCUCCUUUUCUCUUAUUCAUCCUGCCAUCACUUGUGAGGAGCGUUCUCAGUUCACCAUGUGGUUGGGAUAUCUCGAAGAGCGUUUCACCUACAGCAUAUACCAUCAGAACAGGCAGAAUAAUUUCCAAUCCAAGUCUGCUUUCUCAAACCGUAGUGGUGAGGAUAGUUUACAGCAACAACAGCAGGGCGUACCGGCACACAUUAACCUUGCAAAUAGUGGUUGCUUAAAUGGUUGGAAUGAAAGGUCAGCAGCAUCAGAUUCUAUGCCAUUGACUUUAGAAGGUAGCUCUACAGAGCGCCUUGGUCCUAUUCUUGCUAAAUAUGCAAAACCAGGUGCUAAUCGUAACAACACCAACAGUGGUAAUGGAGAUCGUGGGGUCCCAUCUCAUUCAGUUCACGGAAAGUUAGCAGGUCAUGUUCCACUGCAUGCCACAUCUUCAGCACCUCCAAAUACUGCAUCUGUACAAGGUGGCCAGUCAGACAAUUUAUUAAAUUGGCUUGGAAUAGAUACAUGCAAAAGCCUUCAAGAAUUAUCUUCAGACCCAAGAGAAGGUGUGAAGCGACAUUCUCCUGUAAGGCGUACCGUUUCUGUAACCCCACCUACAAACAUAUCAGAAUGGCUAGCUACAUCUGAGGACUCUUGUCGAGUGCGUCCAAUGUCAAGUGCUUCAGACCAUGCCCCACUCUCUCCCCAGAGUAGUGUAACCUCCUCUGGCAGUGGCAGUGAUUCUCAUCAAGACGAAGGCGGGCAACCUGUUCGAAACAGUUUCACUGAAGAAGGAAGUGGAAUGAAAGAUGUGCCUACUUGGUUGAAAAGUCUACGGCUUCAUAAGUAUUCUUACUUAUUCCAGCAGCUAACUUACAAAGAAAUGAUGGAAUUAUCAGAAACUUGGUUGGAAGCGCAGAAUGUAACUAAAGGUGCCAGACACAAAAUUGUAUUAAGUAUUAAAAAGUUGAAAGAACGGCAGGAUCUUUUGCGAUCAUUGGAAAAAGAUAUUAUGAGUGGCAACCCAAUCAAGGCAUCAUUAACAGAAUUAAAAAAUAUUUUAAACACUCCAAUGAAGGCAUGCUCACCAUCUGAUGUGACUAAAGACAAGUUACCUAUACGGAAGGCAGAUUUGCUUCCUCCACCUCCAACAUCACUCUGUCUGUCUGUAUCUCCCUAUCUGUUGCUGUCUGUCUGUAUCUCCCUAUCUGUUGCUGUCUGUCUGUAUCUCCCUAUCUGUUGCUGUCUGUCUGUAUCUCCCUAUCUGUUGCUGUCUGUCUGUAUCUCCCUAUCUGUUGCUGUCUGUCUGUAUCUCCCUAUCUGUUGCUGUCUGUCUGUAUCUCCCUAUCUGUUGCUGUCUGUCUGUAUCUCCCCUAUCUGUUGCUGUCUGUCUGUAUCUCCCUAUCUGUUGCUGUCUGUCUGUAUCUCCCUAUCUGUUGCUGUCUGUCUGUAUCUCCCUAUCUGUUGCUGUCUGUCUGUAUCUCCCUAUCUGUUGCUGUCUGUCUGUAUCUCCCUAUCUGUUGCUGUCUGUCUGUAUCUCCCUAUCUGUGGCUGUCUGUCUGUAUCUCCCUAUCUGUGGCUGUCUGUCUGUAUCUCCCUAUCUGUGGCUGUCUGUCUGCAUCCCGCUACCGGUCGCUGUCUGCCUCUCUUGCAUGUUUCAGUGUGCACACAGCUGUUGGUAUGCAACAGGACAGAUGAAGAAUGUCAUAGCAUAUAUCUACAACUUAUUGAAAAAUGUAUAAAUCAUGAGGCUUUUACUCCAAAACAGCAAAAAUUGUUGAGUUUCUGGAAACAACAAGUCCAAAAAACAUGUCAUCCUACACAGCAUAAAUAUAACCUUGACACAAAACCAAAGAAUAAUUGGGUCAACACAUUUCCCCAGACGGCCACUAAUUUUAGUGUACGAUCAGGAGCUCCAAGAGUUAUUCGAAAACCCCCCAAAACAGCUGCAGGUUUGUCCCAGUGGUGUUUUGGCUCAAAGCGUUCUUCAGUUGUGGGAGGGUCCUCUUGUGGCGGACACAUUCCAUUAAAUCGCAAAAACUCUUUUGGUACAAACAUGAUAUCCCAGUCUUGUCUUUUAGAGCAAUCCUCAAAACCUGUCCUCACACAAACACAGUCCAUGCCACUGAGAUCAUGUCAGCUUGGACUAGUUUCUUCAUCCCGUCCAGGAUCCGAGGUGAACAAUGACACAGAAAUUACUGCUCAGUUAGAUUCCUUAUGUCUUAGUAUGACAGAAAUAGCUUUGGGAGGCAUAAAUGAUGCUUCAUCUGGUGGACAUAACCCUGUUUUUCUCUCUCUGUUUUUCUCUCUCUGUUUUUCUCUCUCUGUUUUUCUCUCUCUGUUUUUCUCUCUCUGUUUUUCUCUCUCUGUUUUUCUCUCUCUGUUUUUCUCUCUCUGUUUUUCUCUCUCUGUUUUUCUCUCUCUGUUUUUCUCUCUCUGUUUUUCUCUCUCUGUUUUUCUCUCUCUGUUUUUCUCUCUCUGUUUUUCUCUCUCUGUUUUUCUCUCUUUUUUUCUCUCUUUUUUCUCUCUCUGUUUUUCUCUCUGUUUUUUCUCUCUCUUUUUGUUCUCUCUGUUUUUUCUCUCUGUUUUUCUCUCUGUUUUUCUCUCUCUGUUUUUCUCUCUGUUUUCUCUCUCUGUUUUUCUCUCUGUUUUUCUCUGUUUUUCUCUCUUUCUUUUUUUCUCUCUGUUUUUUUUCUCUCUUUUUUUCUCUCUUUUUCUCUCUCUGUUUUUCUCUCUGUUUUUUUCUCUGUUUUUCUCUCUCUGUUUUUUCUCUCUUUUUUUCUCUCUGUUUUUCUCUCUCUGUUUUUUCUCUCUGUUUUUUCUCUCUUUUUUUCUCUGUUUUCUCUCUCUGUUUUUUCUCUCUGUUUUUUUCUCUCUCUGUUUUUUCUCUCUGUUUUUCUCUCUCUGUUUUUCUCUCUUUUUUUUCUCUCUUUUUUUUCUCUCUGUUUUUCUCUCUCUGUUUUUUCUCUCUGUUUUUUCUCUGUUUUUCUCUCUCUGUUUUUUCUCUCUGUUUUUCUCUCUGUUUUUCUCUCUCUCUUUUUUUCUCUCUGUUUUUCUUUCUCUGUUUUUCUCUCUCUGUUUUUCUCUCCUUUUUCUCUCUCUGUUUUUCUCUCCUUUUUCUCUCUCUGUUUUUCUCUCCUUUUUCUAUCUCUGUUUUUCUCUCCUUUUUCUCUCUCUGUUUUUCUCUCUCUGUUUUUCUCUCUGUUUCUCUCUGUUUUUCUCUCUCUUUUUUCUCUCUGUUUUUCUCUCUUUUUUUCUCUCUUUUUUUCUCUCUUUUUUCUCUCUCUUUUUUCUCUCUGUUUUUCUCUCUCUUUUUUUCUCUCUCUGUUUUCUCUCUCUGUUUUCUCUCUCUCUGUUUUUCUCUCUGUUUUUUUCUCUCUGUUUUUCUCUCUAUUUUCUCUCUGUUUUUCUCUCUCUGUUUUUUUUUCUCUCUGUUUUUUCUCUCUGUUUUUCUCUCUCUGUUUUCUCUCUCUCUCUGUUUUCUCUCUCUGUUUUUCUCUCUCUGUUUUCUCUCUCUGUUUUUCUCUCUCUGUUUUUCUCUGUUUUUUUUUCUCUCUGUUUUUCUCUCUCUGUUUUUCUCUCUGUUUUCUCUCUUUUUCUCUCUCUGUUUUCUCUCUCUGUUUUUCUCUCUCUAUUUUCUCUCUCUGUUUUUUUUCUCUCUGUUUUCUCUCUCUGUUUUUCUCUCUCUCUUUUUUUUCUCUGUUUUUUUCUCUCUGUUUUUUCUCUCUGUUUUUCUCUCUGUUUUUCUCUCUCUCUGUUUUUUCUCUCUCUGUUUUUCUCUCUGUUUUUUCUCUCUCUGUUUUCUCUCUGUUUUUCUCUCUGUUUUUUUCUCUCUGUUUUUUCUCUCUCUCUGUUUUUCUCUCUGUUUUUCUCUCUCUGUUUUUCUCUCUGUUUUUUCUCUGUUUUUUCUCUGUUUUUCUCUCUCUGUUUUUUCUCUGUUUUUCUCUCUGUUUUUCUCUCUCUGUUUUUCUCUCUCUCAGCUUCUGAGGAUGGAUGUACCCCCCUCUCAGUAUCGUUCUUUCUUUCCUUCCUUUUUGUACAACCUCUUCCCUACUUUUAUUCUUUUCUUCCUCAUACCUAUAUGUAUUGUACUUCGUUAUAA